AUGGCUCAAAGAGAAACGCGCAUAGGGCCGCUGCCUGGGGGUCGCCGGGGCGCAUCUGGAGCUCGCGCUGGAUGCGGCAGCAUGCGGGCCGCCAGCCGAGCGCGAGGAGCUGCACGGUCACCUAGCAGCCCUCCGCAUCCAUCAUCCCCACCAGAAGGCUUGGUGUCGGCUGGGUCUUCUCAGACUCAGCAAGCGGCAGCCGCCGCUGGUGGAGCACGUCGCAUGCGUUGGUCACAAACAAUGAACGCAAACGCACUGCGGGCGUACUUUAGAGCAAAAGGGGAAGUAACUGGAUGUUUGGCGUAUCGGGCUAGGAUGCAUUGUCUUUUUGCUGAGCUGGAGCCAUCUUUAACCGUCACAGAGCAAAACCUGGCAAACCGGUGA